CACACGAGCACUUUGAAGGCAGUUGGCCACUUUUAGAGAGCGCUUAAUGUACAAGAUGCAAGCCAAUUUGAACCUCUUCUUGCUUUUAAUCAUUGUCGCCUGCUUCAGCUCCUCAGUUCAAUGCCAGGUUAUUAGCUCAUCGAUUUGCACCAAGUAUGUGGUCAACGGUUUAGACUGUGGAUGCCAACUGAAAAAUAAUGGGAACGUAGCUGGAAUUGUGUCUUUAUUCUCCUUAGCAAAUAAUGACCAUAAGCCAAGAUUCCACGAUACCUACAAUAAAGGUGCUGAAGGUAUUUCAUAUAGCCCCUGCUACAAUUUCACUGAGCCUGGAACUCCAACUAAAGGUAGCUGUAAAGAUGUUGCGGCCUGCCAGACCUUAAAAAGUCCUUCACAGUAUGUUCCAAUCGGGUUACCAUCACCCGUUACAUACCAAGUUAAUACUCAGAAAAAUGUUCAAUUUGUGUAUAAGCACCUAUACGAACAGAAAUUAAGGACGUUCACUUUAACCUUGGUAUGUAAUAAAACUGCAACUAAGCCAGUAUUCGAAGCCUUAGCAAACAAUGGUGCUAAUUAUUUUGCUGAACUUUCGACUAUAUGUGCCUGUCCAAACGGUUGUCCUUCUGGGCCUGGAGGUCUAAGCGGUGGAAGUGUACUAUUAAUCAUAUUCUUUGUAUUACUGUCCGUCUAUUUUAUUGGUGGCAUAAUAUUUAUGAAAUAUGUCCGCAAUGCUGAAGGCUUUGAAGCGAUUCCAAAUGUAUCAUUCUGGUCUAGUUUGCCAUCACUUAUUAAAGAAGGGUUUGCAUUUACCUUUUCUCGAUGCAGUGGAGGUGGAUCCGAUUCAUCGUAUGAUAAAAUCUAAAGUAGUCGAUAUUAACAGAUAAUCGAUAAACCCCUAUUCGUUUCAAUUCUAAUUUGUGUCCUUGUUUCAUAUCACUAACAC